GCCAAACUGUGUUCCUAUGUUUUUGGGAACAUGAACUGUGAGGCGGUUCGGGACAGCAUUACCGAUGGCUUUGCUGCAUGGAAUACGUGGUUUAAGUGCAGCAGCUGCCGCCAAUUCCCCCCAACCACAUCCCAGAACAGAGGGGGUACUAUGACGUCACCUGCACGCCGCCGCCUCGGUCACCGGUUCUCACGUUGUCAGCUCGCCUCGUGUCACGUGACUCCGCAUGUCCCUCUACAACUGGAACAAUGUUGACAAUUUGCUGCAAUAAAGUUCGUUUAAAAAAAAGGCCAGGCGGAGCCCAUCUUGCUGUGCUCUUGGCUCCUAUUGGGCAGGGACGGUAAUGGGCGGGGUUUAGUGACAGGGGGAGAGACGGGAGAUCCUGCCCUUGCUGUUCAGUACCGGCAAGCAGAUCUACUCUCCGUGGUGCUGGCUUCGUUCCAGGGACUAGCGCCGGAGCCAUGUGGGUCUUCGGUUACGGGUCGCUGAUCUGGAAGGUGGAUUUUCCUUACGUGGAGAAGCUGGUGGGCUACAUCAUGUGCUACAGCCGGAGGUUCUGGCAGGGGAGCACCGACCACCGGGGGGUUCCGGGCAAGGGCUGUGUAUGGGGAGUCGCAUACCGAUUGCCCGAGGGUAAAGAGGAAGAAGUGAAAGCUUACCUGGACUUCAGAGAGAAAGGCGGCUACAGGACUAGUACUGUUGUCUUUUAUCCCAAAGACCCCUCAAUACAACCAUUCAAUGUGCUGCUGUAUAUUGGAACCUGUGAUAACCCCAACUACCUCGGCCCAGCGCCCUUAGAAGACAUUGCGGAACAGAUCCUGAAUGCAGUCGGGCCCAGUGGAAGAAACACGGAAUAUCUCUUUGAACUGGCGAACUCCCUGAGAAAUCUCGUUCCAGAAGACGCAGACGAGCAUCUGUUUUCCCUAGAGAAACUGGUUAGGCAGUUAUCGGAAGCGCACAGAAACUUAAAUCAUUUAUAAUAUUCCUGGGAUCAGUGGAGGUUGCUCUAUCCAAUGUCCUAAGCCUUCCCCUAAGUCUAACCUGCACGGUUCUGUAAUAUGUCCACAUUUUAUUUAUUCUGCAUAGGAUGUGACAAAGCCCUUCUCAUUCUAACUCUAUGGAUCAAUACUUUUCACAACAACCACAUUAAAUCUGUUUUUAAAAAGUACUGUAUUUUUUUCAAUAUAGAUAUUGAUGGCUAUAAUUGCUAGCGCUAUAUUUGUUUCUAAGGGGGAAAAGUCAUGAUAGAAAUGUAAAUGACAUUAGGGCUUUAUGGUGCAAUAAUAUAUAAACCAACAGCCUAGCCCGUGCAUAUGACCUUAAAUAUGUCAAAUGAAUAGGAAUUAAAUAUUUUAUACCAUC